GGGGCCGUGAGUGAGACCUGCCCAUACGCGUAAUGAAGCAAAAAACACCAAAAUUUAUAGAUUGCAUUUAAAAAUUGUAACACAAAUUAAAUUAAUCUGUGGGUUCUUAAUUAUUUUUCCUGCUUCCCUGGAGCCCAUCGGAACCCCCCUUUUCAGGAUUAGCGGUGCUCUGGUCCGGGGGCGACAUGGCGGCGUCCGUGAGGAACUAGUUUGGGGUAAAGGUAGUGCUUGGUUUCGCUGUCUUGGCGACAUUGACAAACUGGAGCUUUCCGCGACCAUCCGACUGAAGGAAGCGUUCACUGAUAGGUGGACAGCUUUAGAGAUCGGCCCUCCGUUCUUAUUCCCAAUUAGAAGCCGAGUCCUGAGCACUGACCAUGAGCAACAUCUACAUCCAGGAACCUCCCACGAACGGGAAGGUUUUAUUGAAAACUACAGCUGGAGAUAUUGACAUAGAGUUGUGGUCAAAAGAAGCUCCUAAAGCUUGCAGAAAUUUCAUUCAGCUUUGUUUGGAAGCAUAUUAUGACAACACCAUUUUUCAUAGAGUUGUACCUGGUUUUAUAGUCCAAGGGGGAGAUCCUACUGGCACAGGGACUGGUGGAGAGUCUAUCUAUGGAGCCCCAUUCAAGGAUGAAUUCCAUUCCCGGUUACGUUUUAAUCGGAGAGGACUGGUUGCCAUGGCAAAUGCUGGUCCUCAUGAUAAUGGCAGCCAGUUUUUCUUUACACUGGGUCGAGCAGAUGAACUCAACAAUAAACAUACCAUUUUUGGAAAGGUCACAGGGGAUACAGUGUAUAACAUGCUGCGGUUGACAGAAGUUGACGUAGAUGAGGAAGAAAGACCACGUAAUCCACACAGAAUAAGAAGCUGUGAGGUUUUGUUUAAUCCUUUUGAUGACAUCAUUCCAAGAGAAAUAAAAAAGCCAAAAAAAGAGAAACCAGAGGAAGAAGUAAAGAAACUGAAGCCCAAAGGCACAAAAAAUUUUAGUUUACUUUCAUUUGGAGAGGAAGCUGAAGAAGAAGAGGAGGAAGUUAAUCGAGUUAGUCAGAGCAUGAAGGGAAAAAGCAAAAGUAGCCAUGACUUGCUUAAGGAUGAUCCCCAUCUCAGUUCUGUUCCAGCUGUUGGAAGUGAAAAAGAUGAUGCAGUAGGAGAUUCAACCAAUGAUGGAGAAUAUGAAGGUGCAGAGCAUGAUGAAUAUAUUGAUGGUGAUGAGAAGAAUCUGAUGAGAGAACGAAUUGCAAAAAAGUUAAAAAAGGACGCAGGUGGAAAUGUUAAGUCAUCUGGAGAGGGAGACGUGAAGAAAUCAGUUAGCCGCAGUGAUGAGCUCAGAAAAGAAGCAAGACAGUUAAAGCGGGAACUCUUAGCAGCAAAACAAAAAAAAGUAGAAAAUGCAGCAAAACAAGCAGAAAAGAAAAGUGAAGAGGAUGAAAUUGCUCCUGAUGAUGCUGUUGCAGAAUACAGAAGAGAAAAGCAAAAGUAUGAAGCUCUGAGAAAGCAACAGGCAAAGAAGGGGACUUCCCGGGAAGACCAGACCCUGGCGCUGCUGAACCAGUUUAAAUCUAAACUCACUCAAGCCAUUGCUGAAACUCCUGAGAAUGAUGUUUCUGAAGCAGAAGUAGAAGAUGAUGAAGGAUGACUUCACCUUUCAUCAUCCCCUUGUCGUUAUAUAGGGCCUCAGCACCUUUUGAGUUCAUUUCACUUGAGUAACCAUUUAUUGAGUGCUCGGUGUGUUCCCAGUAUUAUGCUAGCCAGCGGAAAAUAUACAAGAAAUAUGUGACUUUCUCCCUGUCCUAAAUAACUUUCUAAUAUUGUGGAAAAGAUAAGAUUCACAUUAAACAGCUAGAAAGCAGCCUCAAAAGAUUCUAAAUCAUUAAUAUUUUACACUAUCCCACAAACAUUUUAGGGCUCAGUAAUACAUUUCAUAAUCCUACUAAGUUCUUCUUAAAAUUUAUGACCUACAGGAUCCUAGCAAUUCAUACGCAGUCAACUUAUUUUUUUCUUUGGCUAUUUUCAGCUUUUAAGACACUGAUAAGAAAUAAAGGAAUUAAUGACUCGUAUAUGUUCUAUCCUUAGCACUUUAUACUAUAAUAGCAAAAAAGGGGGGAAAAAAGGGAAUAAGAAUUGCGCUUUCCCUUAUCACACUCCUCUGUCCUCCAGUUGACUUCACAUGUAGUAUAUUAGGACUCCCCACACCUAACUGCCCUCACCUCCCACUCACCCUGGCUCCAGCAC